CUUAAUUUUAAUUUUUAAAGAUGUGGAAAACCUAGUGCGAGAUAAAUUGACAAUUCAUUACAAAUAUAGGGGCACAAAUGGUUUAACGGAAGUAGAUCCCCGCUCCGCCCCGCCCGCCCCCCCAAUCACCUCCACCCGGUUAAGCAGCUCCAAAGGAUUCUGCCAUCCAAGGCCACGACUUCCAGAUUCAACAGAGCCCCCUUUUUCACGAACGCUCUCAGAUCCCAAACCUAUAAAUCCCCAAUCUUUUCCCCUAAUUAGUAUUGGAAAAAGAGGGAGAGGAAAUGGGGAAAAAUCAAGCUUACAAAGCGAUGCAGAGAGCGCGGGUAGGCUCUAGCUCGGCCGGCCCCGAUGAGGUCGAAGACGGCAUGGUGGAUGGUUCUUUUCAUACACCAGAGUGGCAUGCUGCUCGUUUGGCAAGCCUCAAAACUUCUCACACCGUCACCUGGGAAGAAUUCAAAAGGAAGCAAAAGGAAGAAGAAAUCAAGAAGGGAGAGAUAGAAGCUGAUAAAGAUAAGAUGAUGAAGGAAUAUCGGGCCCAGUUGGAUGCUGAGAGGGCCGUCAAGCUUGCUAAAGGAAGAAACCACUCAAACAACAAACAUAGUCACAAAAAAGAUAAGAAGGACAAAGACUCAAAAAAACACAGAAGCAAAAAGAGAAAGAGAUAUAAGAGAUCAUCCGACUACAGUUCUUCAAGUUCUUCAUCAGAAUCAAGUUCAAGCAGUAGUGAUGAUGAAGAGAGGGACUCGAGGAGAAGCAAAUCAAAGUCAAAGAGAAAGAAGAAAGAAAAGAAACGACGGUCGAGAUCAAAAGAUCGCAAUGCCGAAGAGGAAGAGACCGAAGGGCCUCUGCCACUGUCUAGAUUCUUUGGGAGCGUCAAAAGCUGAUGAUACUUUCUUUCCCAUGAGAGAUGAACUUAUCUUAAGCUACUUCUGCAACAGUGGAUCUGGCAAAAGACCUUUCCUUCUUCUUCUUCUUCUUCCCCAUUUAUGGGUUCAACUCAAUCUUCUGUACCAUUUAUAAGAUGAUGGUGUGCCUGACAUUAGUGGUGUUCUGUCUCUCUCCCAUCCAGUUUUUUCGUGUUUUUUUUAAUUUAAAAAUAUCUCACUGUUACAAGAAGAGGCAAAUAUGGAAUUAUGUAUUUGUCUAUUCUUCUGUGAUGUGAACGAUGUAAAAUGAAUGGUGUUCAGGAAU